CAGUGUUGAAUUUUUUUUUUUUAUUGCUUCAAAGCCGAAAGCAUGCAGGGAGCGCGCUCUAAAAAUAAAUGGAGUCUGAUGGUAUGGGUCGUUGUUACGCUGAGUUGCGUGUUUAUAUUCUGUGAAUAUGUGGUCUAUUUCCCUGUUAUUCUGCGAUGCUCGUGGCCGGAGAUAGCGGAGGAACGGAUCCCUGUUCGCGCUCUCGUUUUAUCUGAUCCUCAUUUACUCGGAGCCAUCAGGGGACACUGGUUCGACAAACUGAGAAGGGAGUGGCAGAUGGAAAGAUCUUUUCAGACUGCACUGUUUCUGCUCAGACCAGAGAUGGUCUUUAUUCUGGGAGAUGUUUUCGAUGAAGGCAAAUGGAGCUCCACGAAGGAUUGGGAAGAUGAUGUAAGGCGCUUCAAACACAUCUUUCAUCACCCCAGCAACACAGAACUUGUGGUCCUUAUUGGCAACCAUGACAUUGGAUUUCAUCAUGAGAUGACCUCUUUUAAAAUUGAGCGUUUUGAGAAAGUUUUCAACAUGACAUCAGCACAGAUCCUCACCAAGAGAGGAGUAAAUUUCUUAUUGGUGAACAGUGUGGCACUACAUGGAGAUCACUGUCCCAUCUGUCAGAGUGUGGAAGACAAACUUUACAGUUUUGCACAGCAACUUAACUGCUCCACACAGCACUACCCUCUGUAUCGUACCAGUGAUGCUGAGUGCACAGGUGAAGAUGCAGCGCCACUGAACGAACGCUAUGAGCUCUUUCAGGAACGCUAUGAUGUGCUCUCUCAGGAUGUCUCAAAGAAGCUACUGUGGUGGUUCCAGCCCCGCCUCAUUCUGAGUGGCCACACCCACAGCAGCUGUGAGGUUUUCCAUGAGAAUCGUUUCCUGGAGAUCAGUGUUCCAUCUUUCAGCUGGAGAAACCGUAACAAUCCCAGCUUCAUUCUGGGCACCUUUUCCCCAUCUGAUUUUGCACUGUCUAAGUGUUUCCUGCCGGAGGAGAGCAGUAUUAUUGCAGUAUACUGCAGCAGUGUGAUUGUGAUUGUGCUGAUCACACUUGGGCAUCUGCGUCUUUUCCAAGAAGCGCUGCAUGUAUCAACCAGCUUACUGGGCAAGAAAAAGUCCUUGUGA